AUGGCUAUUUCAUUUGCUCAAUCCACUCUCUUUUCAAAAACCUCUCUUGUUCUCCACAGAAAUAGCUUCAGAGGCUUUCGGUUUUCAAUACCAUUCUCGUAUUUCUCCACUUCUUCUUCUGCUCUUUCCACGGACAAGACUCACCGCCAGACGUGGAAACCACUGGUUUCAGUUCUCGACCUUGGUGGAGUCAAGAUUGCUAAAGACGAUGUUGUGAGGGAUGAUCCAACAAACAAUGUUCCGGAUACGAUAUUUUCAAAACUUGGAAUGCAACUUCAUAGGAGGGACCAGCAUCCAAUUGGAAUCCUAAAGAAUGCCAUCUAUGAUUACUUCGACACCAAUUAUCCCAACAAAUUUGACAAGUUCGAUGAACUUUGCCCACUUGUUUCUGUUACAGAGAACUUUGAUGAUGUCUUGGUACCUGCUGAUCAUGUGAGUAGGAGUUAUAAUGAUACUUAUUAUGUGGACUCUCAAACUGUCUUAAGAUGCCAUACAAGUGCACAUCAGGCUGAGUUAUUGAGAAAGGGGUACACACAUUUCCUUGUUACUGGAGAUGUUUAUCGUAGAGAUUCUAUUGACUCAACUCAUUACCCUGUCUUUCAUCAGAUGGAAGGGGUUCGAGUUUUUACUCUCAAUGAUUGGAAGGCAUCUGGCAUGGAUGCCACAACUUAUGCGGCUGUGGAUUUAAAGAAUUGUCUUGAGGGUUUGGCACGCCACUUAUUUGGUACAGUUAGUGUUGAAGCUUGGGCUGAUUUUCGUAAUGUUCAAAGCAUUACUGGCAAUGAAGAAAGUGACUUGGAAAAUAUGAAGUCUGGGGACUCUGGAGGGCUUCAUCAAUAA